ACGUGGAGAAAGAGACUCUCAAAACUUUCUUCGUCUUCUUCGGACGGACAAUCUCGUUUACGCAUUUUAUCGAACAGUUUGUGUGCAUAAAAGCUAACGAGUGGUGAAUCUAACGGACUAUGGGAUUUUCGCUUGCUGUUCGACUGAAUAGAUCUUCGUCUCGUUCGUGUUGUUAGCCGAUGAGGAAUGCCGUUGUUGCGCUCCGCCAUCACCGUCGUGUUUCGCUGCUCCGGAGAAAAUUGUGAUUAUCACGAGAACAUACAAUUUCUGCGUUUGGGGAAUUUUGGAAACUUGGAUGUUAGUUUUGUAAUGCUGAAAACUCUUUGCUUUGUAAUCCCUUGGUUGCUCAAACUCAGUUUCAUUGUAGCGUUCCGUGAUGACAAUACUAUUUGUCUGUCUCCAAGCUUGAAGAAUAAUGAACUCUCAAGACAGACAAAUUCAUGGGUUUCACCAUUUUGCUUGCAACGCAGAGCGUAUUCGACGGGUUUCACCAGCGUACAUGGUGGAAUACCUACGGCAGAGUAUGCAAAGUUGCGGAGAGAAUCCCUUGAAACUGAAUUUGGACAUGCUCUAGGAGCAUAUAGCUCGAAAAGUUUUUCUGCAGUGUAUCGUUUUGGACCCUUUUUGGCUUUGUAUAGAGCUGCAAUCAUUUCGUAUCAUGUGGUGAAGCUUGCCUUUUGGCAGCUGUUUGUUCAGGAUAUGAGGAAACGGGCUGUCAAGUUCCGUGAGACUCUUAUCAGCUUGGGGCCUUUCUACAUUAAGCUGGGACAGGCACUGAGCACGAGACCAGACAUAUUACCAUCUAUAUACUGUCAGGAACUUUCAAAAUUGCAGGACCAGAUUCCUCCAUUUCCAACUACUGUUGCCAUGCGAUGUAUUGAAGAGCAACUGGGUGCUCCAGUGUCAAAACUUUUUGCAGAUAUUAGUCUUAAACCUGUUGCUGCUGCAUCCCUGGGUCAGGUAUACAAAGCUCAUCUGCAUUCUGGACAAUUGGUAGCCGUUAAGGUUCAGAGACCUGGAAUGUCACUCAUUCUAACACGUGAUGCCCUCUUAUUCAAAAUGAUUGGGGGACAACUGAAACGAUUUGCUAAAGCCCGUAAGGAUCUUUUGGUAGCGGUGAAUGAGAUGGUCAGGCAUAUGUUUGACGAAAUAGAUUACGUUCUCGAGGCAAAAAAUGCAGAACGAUUUGCCUCUCUAUACAGUUUUGACUCAGGGAAUGAGCAGAUUGAUGAUAACGCUGGACCUAGGAAUAUGUCCAGGAAUCACAGAGCAGAGAACAUCAAAGUCCCUAAAAUUUACUGGAAUUUUACACGCACAGCAGUGCUCACAAUGGAAUGGAUCGAUGGCAUAAAAUUAACAGAUGAAAUUAAGCUGAAAAGGGCUUCCCUUGAUAGAAGGGACUUGAUCGAUCAGGGCUUAUCCUGUUCAUUAAAGCAGCUUCUUGAGGUUGGAUUCUUUCAUGCUGAUCCGCACCCAGGAAAUCUUGUGGCUACUAAAGAAGGGUCUCUUGUUUACUUUGACUUCGGAAUGAUGGGGAAUAUUCCACGCCAUUACCGUGUGGGACUUAUUCAAAUUCUGGUGCAUUUUGUCAACCGUGAUUCUCUAAGUUUGGCAAAUGAUUUCCUGUCCUUGGGAUUUUUGCCUGAAGGGGUUGAUAUACAAGCAGUUUCAAAUGCUUUGCGUACUUCAUUUGGUUCUACUACGAGAAUAUCACAAGAUUUCCAGGGGGUGAUGGAACAAUUAUAUGAUGUUAUGUACGAGUUCAACUUUUCGCUGCCUCCAGACUAUGCUCUUGUUAUAAGAUCUCUUGGUUCACUGGAAGGCACGGCUAAGAUUCUUGAUCCAGAGUUUAAAGUGAUUGAGAGUGCAUAUCCAUUUGUUAUCGGGAGGCUAUUAGCAGAUCCAAGCCCAGAUAUGAGGAAAAUACUAAGGGAGCUUGUCAUUUGUAAUGAUGGAUCAAUAAGGUGGAAUCGUCUUGAACGCCUGGUAGCAGCAAUAUCAGAACAGGCUUCUGCGACUUCAGGAGACUCUCCAGAAGAUAAAACGUUGAAGAAAUCAUCGGAACUGAAAUCAUUCGACAUGCAUUCAGUAGUUUCCGCAACAGAAGAUCUGCUACUGUUCAUAUUAUCCGAGAAAGGGCAGAGAGUUCGGGUCUUCCUUCUUCAAGACAUAAUCAGAGUGGUUGAUAUUUUCCUGGAAGUAGAGGCUCUUGAGCUCAACAAGACCAUCAAUCUUAAGACGGAAGAAGGGACAAUGAAAAGAGUGAGCAAUGGAUUCAAAGGUCUGAGUGAGGCGGUGAAGCUUGCACCGGGAAUGUGGAUAUCAAUGCUUCUUCGGAUGUCAAGGAAGUCUGAGGUUCAUAGUUAUGCUUUAGAUAUUGUUUCUGCAUUGUCUACACAUUUUGGCCACAAAGUGCCUCACACUUGUUGGAUCCUUCUCUCCAAAUUGCUCCAUCACAAUAAGAGCCAAUAAUUAAACGUUCGUCUAUGCUAUUACAUACUUUUGG